AUGCUUCUCCCGACCCGGUCGCGACUUAGCUCGUCCCUUCAAGCACUGAAUCGAAAAUAUCGCAGCCAUGGAGGAGCUGCCAGCCCUGCACGCGCGGAAGAGCCCCUACUUGGUCGCUUGAGUGAGGUUGUUCGACAUACCUGGUAUCUAGGAUUUACGUCCUUCGGGGGACCGCCGGUUCAUUUCCAGAUCUUGCAUGCGCGAUUCGUCGAAAGGGAGAAAUGGGUUGAUGAGCAGACGUACCAAGAACUCUUCGCCAUAUGUCAGGGUCUUCCUGGACCGGGGUCUACAAAGAUGUUAUUCUGCUUGGUGUUGCUUCAUGCUGGGUUCAUCCCGGCCUUGCUUGCAUUUGUCCUUUGGUGUCUCCCCGGCGCAAUCGGCAUGUAUGCCCUCUCUCUCGGCGUGCAACAGAUUGACGAAACACUUCCCGCACCAGUCUACGCUCUUCUUUCCGGCUUGAAUGCCUCAACCGUAGGCAUUAUCGCCCUUGCUGCUGUCCAGCUAGCCGAAAAGGCAAUCCGCGAUAAGAUUUCCCGGAUCUUGGUAAUCUUCGGCGCAUGUGCUGGCCUCUGCUAUAGCGCGCUUUGGUAUUUCCCUAUUCUCAUGGUUGCUGGCGGUGUUGCUACUGCGCUGUGGGAUGGGUGGGUGUAUCAACAAAUUCUGAGGGUGAAGAUUGCGUGGAAGAAUAGGAACCGACAGACCGAGCCGGAGGGCGAUGCCCCUGGAUCUGCAGGUUGUGAGCGUUCGUCUGAGAGAAAUUCAGGACAGGGGGCCGGGACGGAGAUGCUACGGAUGAGGAAGUCCGGUACAGAGGCUUUCCCGCCAAACUUGAAUGAUACCCAGGCAGAAGAAAGGGAUGCGCAUCCCGCACAGGACCAUGUAAUCCGUAUCCGUGUUGGGGCUGCAAUUUUCAUUUUCUUCUUUAAAACCACAGCUUCCUUUAUCGCUAUCCUUGUUUCAAGAGCCAAAAUUUCGGCACCCCCUCUAGCCCUCGACCUCUUCGCAAACAUGUACUUAGCCGGUACUGUGAUCUUCGGCGGCGGCCCUGUUGUUAUCCCCUUGCUCCGGUCAUACGUUGUGGACCCAGGCUGGGUUUCCAGUCGAGACUUCCUAAUCGGCCUUGCGAUAAUCCAGGCCUUCCCCGGCCCAAACUUCAACUUUGCCGUCUUUCUCGGUGCACUCGCCCUCCGAACCACAUCCUACCCGACAAUCUUCGGUGCAUUCCUCGGUGGGUUAGGGAUUUUCUUCCCUGGAAUCACCCUCGCCGUCGCGAUCCAGUCCUUCUGGCGUAUUCUGCGGAAACAGAAGUAUAUAGUUGAUUUUCUCCGCGGUGUGAAUGCAUCAGCUGUAGGAUUAGUCUUUACUGCUGUGUACCGGCUUUGGGAAAUUGGAUAUUUGACUCCGCAGGAUCGUGAUGGUCAGAGUCUGGCGAAAGAGCCCUGGUGGGUUGUUGUUGCUGCUGUUACUUACGCUGAGACUAUGACUUCGGAAAUCCAUCUUGUCCGCCAUGCGGAAUCUAUCCACAAUGUCACCAAAGACUUCUCUCAACUUGACCCCGGCCUGACACCCCUUGGUUUUGAGCAAGCCACACAGCUCACCCGAACGUUCCCUCAUGCUUCACAGGUGGGCAUAAUCCUCACCUCUCCACUACGGCGCACCAUCCAAACCACGCUCGCUGCUUUCCCACACGUUCUCGAUAAACGCUACUUCGACCAAGACUCUGGCCAUGGUAUUAUAAAUGGUGCGACCCCCAUCUUGGACCCAGAUUUGCAGGAACGGAGUGCGCUUCCCUGCGACACUGGAUCCGCAUCCCAGGACCUGGAGAUGGCUUUUCCGAGACUAGACGUGAAAGAUUUAGCCGAAGGUUGGCAAGUGAAGGAGGGUCGUUAUUCCCCAGAAGAUGAGGCAGUGAAGGAGCGGGCGAAGAGAGUGAGAUCUCACGUCGCGAAACUCUCUGAUCAGUUAAAGUAUGAACAAAGGAAACACAUCGUGAUUGUGACGCAUGGUGUUUUCAUGAAAUAUUUGUCUGAAAAUGCAGAGAUUGAUCUACAAAAGGCGGGCUGGAAGAGCUACACACUUGAAAAACAUGGCUCUGGUAUUUCUAUGUGUGAGAAAUAG